ACGCCCAUUGACAGCAAAGAGUAGAUACCAUCUCUGAAGUUGAAAUGACAGACUUCAAGAAUACCGCAAGCCAGCGCUUGACGCAGCUAAAGGACAUCUUGACGAUGAACAAGACAGCAACGACGAUACCUUGGGAUCCAGCCUGUACCAUAUUUCCGACUAGGAAAGAGCUCCCAACGAUACCCGGUGCACCGGCUGAGGCGGCUUGGGUUUGGGGUGAGAACGACAACAUUGGCCGCCUCAACCUUCUUACACCGACGCGCGUGGCCGCGGCCGGGAAAGAAAUCAAAACAGGGGAGAUCGUUCCUGUAAACCUGCCCCUCAACGUGCCCAACGUACCUGCAUUUGGUCGCGAGGUGUUCCAGCAUGAAAUCAAGGAGCUGGCCGAGGGCGUUGCUUACGAUGAUGUGUAUCACAUGAAUACUCAAAGUGGCACCCAAUGGGACGGCUUCCGUCAUUUCGCGCACAUGUCGAGCGGCUCUUUUUAUAACGGCGCCAAGGGUAGCGAUAUUGUAGGCCCAUCUGCAAACCACAAAUGCUCGAUCCAUCAUUGGGCUGAACACGGCGUUGCGGGUCGAGGCAUCCUUCUCGAUUACAGGGGAUACGCGCACAAGAAAGGAAUCAAUUAUGAUCCGUACGAUUAUUACCCCAUCUCCUGGGAGGAGCUCUUCCAAUGCGGCAAGGAUCAGGGAGUGGAUAUUCGACCUACUGCUCAAGGCGGCGACAUCAAGCCCGGAGAUAUGCUCUUCAUCCGCAGCGGAUGGAAGGAAGCCUACGACAGCAAGAGCGACGAAGAUAGAUCGAGAGCUGCAUUACGACAUGGCAGUGGUAAAGAAGGCGAGGAUGGGCAGCGAUACGCGGGAGUAAGCCAGGAGGAAAAGAUACUUGACUGGCUUCAUGAUUGUUAUUUCGCGUCAGUUGCAGGUGAUGCGCCAGCCUUUGAAGCUUGGCCUACGCACGAAAAUUAUCAUCUCCACGAAUACAUCUUAGCGCUUUGGGGUAUGCCCUUAGGUGAGAUGUUAGACCUUGAAAAACUUGCGAAAACCUGUCGCGAGAAGAACAGGUGGUUCUUCUUCUUCACGUCUGCACCAGCUAAUUGCCCUGGCGGUGUGAGCUCCCAUGUCAACGGAACAGCUAUCUUCUAAGCAUACGAAUGAUCGCAUGUGGUGACACUCGGUCGUGCUAGUUGAGUGCGUAUAGGGGAUAUGUUCAAAAAUUCGCAAGAAAAGCUUUAUCUACUGUGAGCAUCGAGCAUCGUCAAAGACUCGAAUGCAUCUGAGCAAGGUCUCCAAACAACUGUAUGGAAAUUAUAGGUCGCGGGAACCACUAGCUAGUACGAGAGAACCUUGCAAUAUCACGUAAAAUACACUCAAACCUUCACAGUAACC